GUUAAACCUCGAACCCUACGUAACCUUCCAGAGAAAGCCCCGCUCACUCUUCUGAACUGCAAAGCAAACUCGUGUUUUGCUCGGAGCCUCCGAUCCAUCUUCUAGGGUUUUUCCUCUCAUUGGCCGGUUGAUUUUCCGCGAAAAUUCAGUCGGAAAAUGGCGAUUUCUGCUCAAACUCCCGACAUAUUAGGCGACCGCCAAUCUGGACAAGAUGUCCGCAGCCAAAAUGUGAUGGCGUGUCAAGCAGUUGCAAAUAUUGUGAAGUCCUCACUUGGUCCUGUUGGACUCGACAAGAUGCUUGUGGAUGAUUUUGGCGAUGUAACAAUUACCAACGAUGGUGCUACAAUACUCAAGAUGUUAGAAGUCGAGCAUCCAGCUGCCAAGGUUCUUGUCGAGUUGGCUGAGCUCCAAGAUCGAGAAGUCGGAGAUGGGACAACUUCAGUUGUUAUUAUAGCUGCAGAAUUGCUCAAGAGAGCAAAUGACUUGGUGAGAAAUAAGAUUCACCCAACCUCUAUAAUCAGUGGAUACAGACUUGCUAUGAGGGAAGCAUGCAAGUAUGUUGAUGACAAAUUGGCUGUGAAGGUUGAAAAGCUUGGAAAAGAUGCACUUGUAAAUUGUGCCAAGACGAGCAUGUCCUCCAAGUUGAUAGCUGGUGAUAGUGACUUCUUUGCCAAUUUGGUUGUGGAAGCGGUACAAGCAGUCAAGAUGACCAAUGCACGGGGUGAAAUUAGGUAUCCAAUUAAGGGAAUUAAUAUACUUAAAGCUCAUGGAAAAAGUGCAAGGGAGAGCUACCUAUUGAAAGGCUAUGCUCUAAAUACAGGCCGAGCUGCCCAAGGAAUGCCACUGAGAGUUGCCCCUGCAAGGAUUGCUUGUCUUGAUUUUAAUCUUCAAAAGACAAAAAUGCAAUUGGGUGUUCAGGUUCUAGUGUCCGAUCCCCGAGAGCUUGAAAAGAUUCGCCAAAGAGAAGCUGAUAUGACUAAAGAACGUAUUGAGAAGCUUCUAAAGGCUGGUGCCAAUGUUGUUUUAACCUCGAAAGGAAUUGAUGAUAUGGCACUCAAGUACUUCGUGGAAGCUGGUGCAAUUGCUGUGAGACGUGUCCGGAAAGAGGAUUUACGCCAUGUUGCCAAGGCGACCGGUGCAACUGUGGUUUCAACAUUUGCUGAUAUGGAAGGAGAGGAAACAUUUGAUUCCUCGCUUCUUGGAUCUGCAGAUGAAGUAGUGGAGGAGCAAAUUGCUUAUGAUGAUGUGAUUAUGGUGAAAGGGACCAAAAACACAAGUGCAGUUUCAUUGAUACUCAGAGGUGCAAAUGACUAUAUGCUUGAUGAAAUGGAUAGGGCUUUGCAUGAUUGUUUAUGCAUUGUUAAGAGGACCCUGGAAUCCAAUACGGUUGUUGCUGGAGGAGGUGCAGUUGAGGCUGCCUUAUCUGUUUAUUUGGAGUAUCUGGCUACCACUUUAGGAUCUCGGGAGCAGCUCGCAAUCGCAGAGUUUGCUGAAUCUUUGCUAAUCAUACCAAAGGUGCUUGCUGUCAAUGCUGCAAAGGAUGCAACUGAAUUAGUUGCAAAACUACGGGCUUACCACCACACUGCACAAACCAAGGCAGAUAAAAAGCAUCUUUCAAGCAUGGGACUUGAUCUCUUGAAGGGAACCGUGCGUAACAACUUAGAAGCUGGAGUACUUGAGCCUGCGAUGAGCAAAGUAAAGAUAUUACAGUUUGCUACUGAAGCAGCUAUAACAAUUCUUCGAAUUGAUGACAUGAUAAGGCUUGUCAAAGAUGAAAGUCAGAAUGAGGAUUAGGUUAUGUUUGAAAAAGAAUAUUGUUGAACUGAGGUUUUGGAUGAGGGAGGCUGGAGUGGGGUCUUGCGGUAUUAUGAAUCAUCUGUAUGCAUUGUAGAUUCUCUAUCAUUUUUGGAUUGGACUAUGUCGUCUUAUGAUUAGAAUGAAAUGUUUGGUUCGUUUGGUCAAUUGAGGUAAUCACCUUUCUUAUUGCACAUUCAUGGUGCUGUGGCAGAUACAGAUUGUAUAAUUUUGGGUUCAAAGAGUGGAUCUUUUGGUAACUUUAGAUACUUUUUUAGUUCCUUUUCUAACUGACUACCGAACUCGGUGUUCUAGUGGCAAAUAUAGAACCCCUUAAGAACCGUCCUGGUAAUGAUGAUCACCCAGGUUCAAUUCGGCGGGGAGUAAACUGUUGACUUUUAGUGGCUUGGUGGGGUUGAGGUCUAAGUUAUUGCUUUAGUUGUCAUUAAGGGCCGCCUGUGGAACCUACAGUCUAGGUCCUCCAGAGGAUUACGCCAAGGGGCUG